UUUUCAUCCGCAAACUUCGGUGUGAAACCUGUUAAAGUCUUCAAAAUGCUGAGGGCUGGUGUGUCGCGUCUUCGCCCAAUGGUAGGAAUGGUUCGGACAGCAGUCCAACGGUACCCCACGAUACCGACGGUUCUGUUGGGUGGCGCCUGUAUUGGCUUGGGAGAUGUCGCUGUACAGAGAUUCGAAAAUCAAAUGGUCAGGAAAACUGAAUUUGCUGCGUGGCUAGACCCUGAACGAUCAGGUCGAAUGGUCAAAAUAGGAGUUGUAAUUUGUGCCAUCGGGUUGAAGUGGUAUGCGUGGCUGGACAAGCGUUUUCCGAAGACGAAUAUGAGGACGGUGGUUAAAAAGGUCUUCUUAGACUCAAUUGUGAUGGCACCUGUAUUUAUUGCAGUGUUCAUUGGAGGUCUUAAAUUGUUAGAAGGUUGUUCCCUCCGUGAGAGCAUUGGUGGUGUGACUAAAGCAAUUGGUCCCAUGUAUGCAUUUCAGAUAAUAUUCUGGGGCGGUGGACAGACGUUCAACUUUGCCUUCAUUCCACCUCAGUACAGGCUUCUUUACUUGGGUGCUCUCUCAAUGGUCUACGAUGACGUCCUCCUCUCAUACUUCCAUCAUGUUUAUAUCAACUAUGACCAGUCCGAAGCUGAUAAAGACAAAUCAGGCAAUCCAACGGAAGGAAGUUCAAUACUCGAGGCUGAAGAAAGUGACCAAGAGGGAGAUCGAGUUCGAGGGACUGCAGGAGAUGUUCACUUAGUGAAAAAGACUGUGGUUGAUGAAGCGUCUGGUUUUGAGGAUGUGAAAGAUGACAAGGGAGCAGAAGACAGCAAUACUGACCCUGUACUGAUAGAUGACAUUGAUGAGAACUCCAUUCAGAGGCCUACAGUUGACUCAGGUCAACGAUUCCAGACUAGAUGACGGGGGCAGGAUUCUCUCAAUGGCUUAGGAUGGAAACAGAGAUGUAGCUAGCAGUUUGGUCUUGGGGGGGGGGGGCAGAAUGACACUUUUUGCAAUUUGUGGGCCAAAAUCAUGGUCAUGAACACAUUUUUUUGGUGACCUCUGGGUCUGCCCCCCCCCCCUCGCUACGCCCCUGUAACUGUCUCCUAAAACUGUAAACUUGCCCUGUUUUAUUAAACAGGUACAGUGCUCGUGAGAAAUGUAUAUCAAUGCAAAAAGCUGGAACUUUUCUUCCUCCAAAUAUAUUUG